CCGAGAUGAAUGUUACUACUAUAGUUUUGUGUUUAAAUGAAUCAAAAUAUUUUUCUCAUUUAUCACCGUUUAUUGUAAAAUAUAUUCUCCGUUGUAUUCAUUAUCAUUUUGUAAAUGAUAAUUGCUAAAUAAUACAUGUUUCGAUCAACGAAGCCAGCAGAUACAACAAACUAACUGUUGACCCCAACAACAAUCCACUAGCUUCGUGAUUAUUGAGAGCUACGACUUGCUCAAUUAAAACAGUUCGAAACAUCUAUUUGUGUAGAGCAGACGUUUAAAGUUGAUAAGUUAAGUUCAUUUCUAAGUUACUAUUGUUUUUGUGGUUGACCAUGAGUUCGAGCAAUAAAGAUAUACCGCCGUCAACGACUGCUGAUACAAACGGUGCUUCCUCGAGCAGUGGCACUUUAACUAAGUUAUCCAAUCAAUUGGCCACUUAUCGAGUAUUCGUUGUCACCUGGAAUGUUGGCACCCGAUUUCCAGACAAUAUUUCAUUACGAAAUUUAUUGGGCAUUAGCAAUUCGGUCGAAGAUCAUCAUUUGCCUGACAUUUAUGCAAUUGGAUUACAAGAAACAAAUGUACAACCUCAGCAGCAAGUUAUGGGACUUUUCAAAGAAGAUCCCUGGACGGAUAAAGCCAAGAAAUUACUCAAGGACUUUGACUAUAUUCUUAUUAAGAGUGAACAAAUGCAAGGGCUCUUGAUAAGCAUAUUUGUAAGAAGACAACACGUACCACACUUGUGUGAUAUUGAGCCUGAAUUUACCCGCACUGGUUUCGGUGGAAUUUGGGGAAAUAAAGGAGCCGUUUCUGUGCGUUUCAACCUCUAUGGAUGUGCUUUAGUAUUUGUGGUUGCCCACUUAGCUGCCCAUGACCAUCACUUAGACGAGAGGAUUGAGGAUUUCAAACAGAUAAUUGAUAAUCACCAUUUUCACGUUCCUCGAUAUAGAGAAAUUUAUGAUCACGACUAUGUGUUCUUGUUUGGAGAUUUGAAUUUCCGUUUAAUGGGCGAAGACUCGGCACAGGAAGUCCGUGACAAAGUAGUAAAUGAUGAGGCGUUGGAGGAACUUAUGAAGCGGGAUCAAUUGUCAUACGUCCGGCAACAAACACAAGAAGCAUUCCAAUUGCUGCAAGAAAGGAAGCCAGCGUUUCCACCAACUUUCAAAUUUCACGAGGGUACUUCCGAGUACAACUUGAAGAGAAGACCUGCAUGGACAGAUCGUAUAUUGUAUUCGGUACAACCGAACAAUAAACAACCAAACAUACAUCUGGAAAUCGAGCAAUGUGCUUAUAAGUCCCAGCCAGGCUACAAUAUAAGUGACCAUAAGCCGGUAACAAGUGAAUUCACUAUUAAGUUAUAUCCCAAUUAUCGUGCAACUUGUGUGGAAUUCAAGGAUAUCAGUGUAUGGAAGAUUGAUGAGGAAAAUACCGUAGAGUAUAAAAAACCAUUGGAUUUCAAAGAACGUGAUUUUGACUGGAUUGGUAUAUUCCCUGCAAACUAUGCCAGUCUCAAAGAUUACGUAUCAUAUGAAUACGUCAAGCAAAGUGAGUCUCCUCCAUCUACACCGGAUACAUCAUCAGACCCAUUCUUUGAUAGCAAUCCCUCACUUAAACGGCAUAGCAAGCAUCACCACAAUCGGGAGCGUGUGCGAAGACAGCAGCAAGCCAAUGAAGAACUGGUGCGACUCGAUUUUGACGAUGAUGCAGAGCUUAAGGAUGGCGAGGAAUAUGUGCUAAUCUAUUUUCAUAAUACGGGUUUGCGGGGCGUUACAAGUGUCGCUGGUAUCAGUAAUGUAUUUCGAGCUGAAAAGAGGACUUCAACUCCUAAAUUUUCCAGUGUUGAUUAACAGAGAUUUACAUUUGCAUUCGCUAGUGAGAUAUUGAUGAAAUAAAAAGCUUUUUAUGUGGAUGAUGUAAAACUAGAAAA